AAAAAAGAUAACUGAAAGAUGGCUACAGCAUUAGUAUCUGCAGGAUAAUCUAUAAGUAAAAUGUUUUCAUUAAAAGAUUAAGUCGGAACUUAUGUAUAAUAAGAUAUAGAGACAAGAUUACAAUAAGAGGUGUAUAAAAAGUAAAUAAGAGUGAGAGAAUUCUUUACAGAUUUUGAUCGUCUUAGAAAAGGUUGGGUGACAGAAGAUAAGGUAUAAUUGUUUGCAUAAUGAAAAGUUUCGUUCAGCUUUGUCGAUGAUAAAUUUUCAUUUCACUCGUGAUGAAAUUGAAGAAAUCAUCAGAAGAUAUAAACUAAAUGAUGGUUUAGUUUAAUACACAACAUUUUGUAAUAAGCUUGAAGAGCAAUUCUUAAAUAGUGAAGCAAAAGCAUAAGUUUUUUAAGCCCCUUAAGUAUUAAUUAUAAAGAAAUGUAGAUUUUCAAUAAGGAGGAGGAAGAAACUGUAAUGAGAUUAAUGUUGGCAAUUAAAAGAAAAAUAGCAACAAAAAGAAUAUUUUUAAAAUAACCAUUCUAANUAGGAAUUAAUUUAUGUAUAGAGUUCUUUUGGGGAGAUAUUUUAAUUUCAUUUUGA